CUUUUGCUGACAGUUUGAACCGAAAUUAAAUAUCACCUGCGCCGGAAGUAAGGUACUAGGCUCUGAUCUAGCCUCUCUCUACAACUUCGUCUACGUAACCUACUCCUGCUACCUAUGGCACACGUAACUUUCCCGAGAUGUCGUCGACGGUGUUUCGUACAGCGCGAAUCCAAACGUCGUUCGUCGUGCCUGCACUAAUGAACGUGAAAUUGCGUGAAAUGAGACGAGAAUUCGGUCUUUAUACGGCAUUCUUGUUCCACUUGCCGACGGAGAGGGGAUUCGGCACUUUUCGCCUUCCGAAGAGGUUAUCUAGGUUCGAGCACAAAGUACAGCUGACCGAUGCGUGAUACAGCUGCGACGCCACUCUACUCUCGUCGGUCUUGGUCAGUCCUUGGUCAGUCUCAUCCAAUCCCUGUCUAUUCCCCGCGUGCGACCGAAUUUUGAACCAGGCGCGUAAAUAUCACGAUAAGGAGCCCCCCGUCGUCUCGUUAAUUGCGUGUUAUCGCCAGACUGUUAUCGCCAUUGCCUGUUUGCAAUACGUCUGGCUGUACCGAUCGAUUUUAGUAAAGGAUUAAGAGCUCAAAUGUACCGCCUCGCUCCGCGGAAAUGAAGCCGAGGGAGACAUAUUCCUUCCGCAUUUGUCCGAUUUGUCGGCGCCGCGCGACGAGAGGACGAUGCGCGCGGUAAUACGUUUGUUUAACGGAUUCCAGUGGAGAGCACACCAAGGGUACAGUGGUCCUCGGCGGCACGUUGACAAUCACGUGAAUUUGCAAGCAGCACGCUGGAUGACGUCCGCAACCACACCAGAAGACGCAGCUCGAUCGAAAAUUAUGGAUACGAGAAUACAGUAUCCUGAGGCGCGCAGGGACGAGAGCGUCGUCGACGAUUAUCACGGCGUUAAGAUAAGUGAUCCUUAUAGAUGGCUGGAAGAUCCAGACUCACCAGAAACAAAAGCUUUUGUUGAUGCUCAAAACGCCAUUACUAAACCGUAUCUAACUGCAUGUAAAGCUCGUGAUAAUAUUCAUGAUCGUUUGAAGCAGUUAUGGGAUUUUCCAAAGUACUCGUGUCCUGCCAAGCAUGGUGAAAAAUAUUACUUUUAUAAAAAUUCUGGUUUGCAAUAUGAAGGUGAAAAGUACUCAGAAAUUUUGGAAAAAGUCAAGUUUUCAUCGAUUACAUGGACUCAUGACAACCGUGGUAUUUUUUAUGGACAAUAUCGAGAUCAGCAAGGAAAAACUGAUGGUUCAGAAACGUUAGGUAAUGAAAAUCAAAAAUUAUGCUACCACGUUGUUGGUACAUCACAAUCAGAUGAUGUUGUCGCAGUUGAGUUUCCUGAAGAACCUUUGUGGAGGAUCGUGACCAAUAUUGAUAGUAAAGCUGUAUUCCGCACAAAUAAAAAUGCACCUAAUUACAAGCUAGUAGCUAUAGAUUUAUUGGAUUACGAACAACACAAAUGGGUUGAUCUUUUGCCAGAACAUCCUGAGAAUGUAUUAGAUUGGGCUGAAGCUGUGGAUGGAGACAAAUUUGUUGCCUGUUAUAUACAAGAUGUUAAGAACAUUUUGCAACUGCAUUGCUUGAACACUGGUAAAGUUCUUAGAACAUUUCCUCUUGAUCUUGGUACUGUUGUUGGAUUCUCGGGAGAGAAGAAAUUUUCUGAGAUAUUUUAUCAGUUUACAUCAUUCCUAACCCCGGGCAUUAUAUACACAAUCGAUUUAAAAAAAGAAGAGGAGCCACGUAUCUUGCGAGAAAUCAAAGUAAAAGAUUUUGAUGCGAGUUUAUACAAAACUAGUCAAAUAUUUUAUAAAAGCAAGGAUAGUACAAAAGUACCCAUGUUUAUAGUAACAAGAAAUGAUGCUACAUUAGAUGGAACUAUGCCAGGCUUACUUUAUGGAUAUGGUGGUUUUAAUGCAAGUAUUCAACCUACAUUCAGUGUUACAAGACUUGUUUUUAUUCAACAUUUCAAUGGAGUACUUGCAGUUGCUAAUGUUCGUGGAGGAGGUGAAUACGGAGAAAGAUGGCACAAUGCAGGACGCUUCUUUAAUAGGCAAAAUGCAUUUGAUGAUUUUCAAUAUGCAGCAAAAUAUCUUGUAGAAAAUGGAUACACUACCUCUGCGAAAUUGACGAUUCAAGGUGGCAGUAACGGUGGUCUGGCUGUUGGUGUAUGUGUAAAUCAAAGACCUGAUCUAUUCGGUGCUGCCAUAGCUCAAGUGGGAGUUAUGGAUAUGUUACGUUUUCAUAAGUUUACUAUCGGUUCUGCUUGGGUCUCGGAUUAUGGCAAUCCCGAUGAUCCCAAGCAUUUCGAGAACUUAUUGAAAUAUUCACCUUUACAUAAUGUAAGAAUACCACCAGAUGAUAUACAAUAUCCUGCGAUGUUGCUUUUGACUGCUGAUCACGAUGACCGUGUCGUACCUUUGCAUACUCUUAAAUUAACAGCCACUCUUCAAUAUACACUUGGAAAUAUAUCAAAACAGAAAAAUCCUUUAUUUGCAAAAAUAGAUACCAAAGCAGGUCAUGGCAGUGGAAAACCAACCAUGAAAAUGAUUGAAGAGAGUACUGACAUUUUAUCAUUUAUCGCGCAAUCCUUGGGCUUGGAAUUCAAAUUGUAAUUAAUGCUUAAAAAAGUCUAAAACUCAACAGAUUUUGCAUAAAAUCAAUGGAUUGUAAUGUGAUGUAACUAAACGCGCUUAUACGAUUGUCAUGUAUAUUGCAACAUAUUGUAAAACCAAGUAUGCUUUUAUUGCAAGUUCUUUUAUAAUAACGUGUUUUUUAUGGAAUAAAGUUAAGUAAAUUUGUACUUUACGACAGUGUUUAUAUAAUAUGUGUUCUUUUUUUUCAUUUUAAGUGUAAUAAGCAUAUAA